UCAGUUCAGACCGGGGGUUCGCCACGCCGCGCCGUGUUGUCAGGGAUGGGGACACCACGUAACCUCCAAGGAUGUUUUCGAAUGGCGAAUCCGGCAUCAAUUGCGAUACUUGCAGCGGAGUGAAUAAGCUCGAACUUCGAGUCGGCUGAAAUCCGGCAAGCAGGCGGGAGCUUGGGUCGUCAUGUCUGUGUCUUCCGGAAAAGGCGGCGGUGACGGCGAUUGCCAAGGACCCGAACGAAAUCCUCACCCAGCGGUAGCGGCAGCGGCGGCGGCGGGCAGUCGCGCGUCGGGUUCCGAUAUUCCAGCUGAGUCACCCGAGGAAUCGUGCGAAAUGACGAGCGUUUUAGCAACCAGAUCCCUAGAUGAUUUCAAGAACGUAUCCGAAGAUGGUUGGCGUUACAAACCGGAAGGAUCGUAUCUACCACCAGUGGGAGCUUCCAGAAAACGAUCUUUAUCUUCACUUUUACAGCAAAAAUGUGCGGGAGCGGGAAGCGGGGCGAUGUCGACGGUGUACUGCGAGGUGGAGGUGGGCAAGUCGCGGGAGGGGCUCCGGCUCUCGCUGAACCGGAGCCUGAGCGAGCCGGGGCCGGCGGCGGCGGCGCCCCUCCCGGCCGCGGCGGCCCCCGCCAAGCGCUGCAAGGUGGACUGCUUCUCCCUCCCGGCGAGCCCGUGCUCCGAGAGCGCCACCCUCCAGAAGGCCCUCCUCGCCAAGUGCGUGCGCCUCUUCGAGCCGGAGACCCUGGCCGGGCGCCUCGGGCUCGGGCAGGUCAAGUCCCGGAGCCUCCUCGUCGUCGACUGCCGCCCCUUCCUGGCCUACAACGUCAACCACAUCCGCGGCUCCAUCAACGUCAACUGCUCGGACCGCUUCAACCGGCGCCGGCUCCAGCAGGGCAAGGCCACCCUCGCCGACCUGGCCACCACCCGCGAGGGGAAGGAUCUUCUGAAGAAGCGCACCAUCAAGGAAGUGGUCGUCUACGACGAUUCCACCUCCGACCUGGAGCGCCUCCCACCCAACCACCCCCUCUUUCUCGUGCUAUCGUCGCUCGUUGAGGACAACCGGGAACCGGCUAUUCUUCUAGGUGGCCACAAAGAGUUUGUGAAGAAGCACAAGGAGUUCUGCGAGGACGCGCUCCUGCCGCCCGGGGACCCGGCCUCGUCGCCGUCGGCGUCGUCGCGGUGCCAGUGGGAGAUCCUGGGCUCCCCGACGACGGCGGCGGCCCUGGACUCGCGCUGCGCCUCCGACAUCGAGUCGCACCCCGCCUCGCGGGUCCUCCCCCACCUGUACCUGGGCAACCAGCGGGACGCCGAGAACCUGGACGUCCUCCGCAACCUGGGCAUCUCCCGAGUCCUCAACGUCACCUCCGAGCUCCCCGGCUACCACGAGGAGCGGGGCAUCCUCUACAAGCACCUCCCCGCCGCCGACUCCAGCCACCAGAACCUCAAGCAGUACUUCGAAGAAGCAUUCCACUUUAUCGAGGAAGCCAGGCAGAGCGGUGGAAGCGUCCUGGUUCACUGCCAAGCAGGGAUCUCGCGUUCGCCGACGAUCGCCAUCGCUUACAUGAUGAAGCACCGCAGGCUCAGCUUGAUCGAGGCUUACAAAGAGGUGAAAAACGCCAGAACGAUCAUAUCCCCCAACUUCAACUUCAUGGGACAGCUCUUCGAGCUGGAGCAAAGUCUGAAAGCAACUCCAGUCUCGAGCGAUUCACAGUCUGAUUCCUGUACUCCCGCCCCGGCUCCUUGUCAUCCCUGCAGAUGGAGUCCCCAGGCCAACGAGGAAGUGUCCUCUGGAUGCAGCGUCUAAGGAGGAUUCUGUCCUCGGAAGUGUCCUAAGGAUGCAGCUUCUAAGGCGGAUUCUAUUCUUGGAAAUGUCCUCGGGAUGCAGCGUCUAAGGCGGAUUCUAUCCUCGGAAGUGUCCUCAGGAUGCAGCUUCUAAGGCGGAUUCUAUUCUUGGAAAUGUCCUCGGGAUGCAGCGUCUAAGGCGGAUUCUAUCCUCGGAAGUGUCCUCAAGAUGCAGCGUCUAAGGAGGAUUCUAUCAUCGGAAGUGUCCUCUGAUGCAGUGUCUAAGGCGGAUUCUAUUCUCAGAAGUGUCCUCUUGAUGCAGCGUCUAAGGCGGAUUCACCCUCCGCAUCCCUCGUUAAAAAGAAGUCUCACUAAAUGGCCCUCUCUCAUAGUCUAAAGAUAUGCUUGAGCAUAUCCUCCCCAGGGAUUGUAGACUUCGACUACUUGUGUCGCUGAGCCAAACAGUCAGGAAGACUGUCUGUACUUCGUAUUACUUAAAAGUGAAGUGUGUGUCAUUUUCUGUGUCCUCGUUUUCAGCUGCAAUUCAAGGUCAUAUAGCAAGCAUCAGAAACUUCAUGUUUUCACAUUGGUAUGGUCGUUUGUUUUCUUGAAACGCCCGAUGUGGAUAAGUUUGCUGUGUGUCAUUCGUUGCAUCUAUUAAGGACUGACGUAUCCCAAGAAUAGAUCAAUGUUUAGACAUCAAAUAAUGUUCCUGUUUUAAAAGAAGCUAUUGUUUAUUUUUAACGCUUUGAAGGUCUAGUUCGUAGCACUUUCGAUGACGAUCACGGUGCAGACUUGUUAAGCAUGGAAACUUAGCUUGAGCCGACGUCAUUUUUAUCAUGUCACUUACUCUAUUUAUGAGUUUCAAUCUCAAUUGAGAACUAUUUCUGGGAUGCGCAAUCGAACGUCCUGAUUGGACCAUCGAUGCAAGUCUUUUGCUGCGUUACGUUGUAUGUGUUAAUAUUUGAAAGCAAAUGAUAUGCUCUCAUUCACAGUCAACGCAGUGCUGUAGUUGCAAAACUAUCCCAAAACUGAUAUUCAGAAAAAAGGAACAAAAAUUAAUCUGAGAAGUGAUAAUAAUGGUUUGUGUAUUUUGAUUGAUGAAAUGGAUGGAAAUGGUUUGAAAAGUAAACUAUUUUGUUCUUAUCUAGUCUCAUAAUAUUAAUUUAAUAUUUUUUUUUUUUUUUUGUUCUUUUCCCCCUCUAUUAUAAUACAUAGGCUGUGGUAAUUUCUUAGUUCAUUAUGCAGAUCCUUAUUUGGGGUAGUCUGGUAAUGCUUAUGUCCCUUCGAUGAACUUCCUCCUAAAUAAGAGGCAAUUCCAACGUGUAAUUAGAGUAAGAAUACACGUGAAAGUCAAAUUGUGUCUUCUGUUGAAUUGUCUAACCCAACAGAAGCAAAAUUGCAGGAUUUAAUUAGGUCCUUAGCAGACUUCAGAGGGCAAGUAGCAUACCUCCGCAGAUAGUGAAUUAAUUGGCCUGUCUUACUUUGAUUUGCAAGCUCAAUUAAUUGGAUUUAGUAGUCACUUUGACCAAUGAAUCGCAUUGUCAAGUCUCGGAGUGGAAUACCUACUUGCAUACCUAUUGAUAAUUUGAUAACCCUCUGCUUGAUCUGAACGACUUCGAAAAGUUUAGCUGGUAAAUAUUACAAAGAGUCUCAGUUUUGAUUAUCUUCCCCAAAACAUUCUCUCUACUUUCAGUCACAUUUAGCUUUCUCUGUUUUCCACGUUUGUGUUCAUGUUCCAUCAUUAAUUAAUUAAUCCCAAGUGAAUUCAAUUCUCCAUUAAAGAUAAUAGCCAUAAAAAUGUGUUUGUUACCAAAUUAUUAGAGAAAAAAAAUAAAUCCUCAGUCCAUGUUAACUCUACCGUUCAUGGUAGAAUUCGUCAGUACCUUUUUGAAAUUAUUUGUAGAAAAGUUUUAUUUGUAUAAUUCCUAUACCCUCUGUCAAGUUUCUGUUCCCCCCUUCCCCCACCUUUUUUCUAAUUUCAGUACAUAUUUGAGCUUUUUUUAAUUCAGUAACUCACAAUUAUCUUGUACUCGUCUUCAGAAUUUUUAGAUUUCACCUUAUAAAUUAUCACCUUUAUUUUAAUGACCUCUGUGAAUUGUGAAAAGGUGUCUGCUUUUGGAUUUUCAUGACUCAACCAGUAGCAAAAAUUACUAUUAAGUAUUAAUAACAAAUGUAUUUAAGUCAUAGUAGUUCAUACUACUUGGUAUUGAAAGUACCUAAUCAAAAUUUUGAGAAAAACACACUCUGGUUAGAGGCAUGAGCUCGAAGUUAAAAGGAAAUAUCAAAUCCUGUAUUUCCAAAAUUACGUUCACUUUGUUCCAGUUAAAAACUGUAGAAAAAUAUGGGGGAAGUCACCUUGUCUUAUUUUUGACAUAUCCUGUCCUCAAUGCCUUUCCGCACUUUAACAGCAAUGUGGCAUUUUUUUUUAUUUGAAGAAGGCAAAGCCUUAACUCUUUUCCUCCCUGUUCGUGAUUUUUAAAUUCCCCUAUUUUUUUGCUUUUUGUCGAUUUAUGUGAUGAUAAAGAAAAAGAGAGGCUUAUUAUUUCUUAUUGAGCACCAUUCUCAUCCGAAAUUGAAGUCUCUUGAAAUGCCCCUUUUUUUCUCCGUUUGGUCCUUUCUUUCCCUUUUCCCAAAGUCUUUGUAGAAACUCAGAACCGAAGGGUCUGAGAGUGAAGACCAAUCAACUCCCUUCUCUUUAAAGCUAAGAUUCUAAAUUUUCAGCCAAUGUUUUGCCUUUCAGCGCUACUCAGGUAAUUUUACACAAAAUAUGUAAAAACCACGUUUGUUUGCAAAACAUUUAAGUCAGUUUUUAAGUAUCGCUUAAAAAAAGGAAGACAAAAUUUGCAUAAUCUUAGCGGUGAGAUGAUUAUCUCAGCAGCCCCUCCUCCCUUCAGUUUAUCUCUAAAUCUUUCCUGCAAAUUAUUUUUAUUUAUUUAUUUAAGUUUGUGUUACCCCUACCAUUAAGUCAAAUGUUCUGAGUCUUUUUGUUUCUUGUAUUUAUGUGUUAGUCGUUCAAAUGGAUUUUUAUAAAUUUUGUGGAAGAUUGUACUGUACAUUAUUUGAUCGGUUCAGAAGAAUAUGACGUGUAUUUAAUCAGCGAUUUUUCAGCUGCUAUUCCUCAGGUGAAAACUGAGGGUGAGUCAUUUUGACACUUAGCUUGCAAUGAGUAUCAAUAUAUUUAAAAAAUGGAAUAAGACGUUGCUACUGGAAAGCAAGUAUAAUUUGAACUUCAAAAGAAGGGCUAUUAAGUCUUUUUUAUACUUUGCCAGAGUAUGUCCUUUUAGUCUCAUUCCCUCUCCCCUCCUCUCUUAAAGUUCCUUUCCCUACUCAUGUUUUUUUUUUGGCCUAUGAAGCCUUGAUAAUUCAAAUCAUAAAUUAAUUUAAAACGCAAAUAUUUUUUCUAGUUUCUCAACUAUUUAAUGUACUUCUUGAAAAUAACCUGUACCUCUUAGAAAAAAAUUCCUCUUCAGUUUUCACUCCAGAAAUUAUCAACUCGGUAGCUUACCGAAAUCCACCUCUGUUAGUUCUUGCUUAGUGAUGUGUAAAGUUUGGAUUUUUUCAUGUUGGUAACAGUGUAUGUCCUCCAGUUGAAUCCAUUGUUAAUAAUCGACUCCAGGUGUAGUAGCCUGUUUUGAUAGGUAUCGAUUAUCUAAUAUGUUAAAUGGAGGAAAUUCACUGAUACCAACUUGCAGGAGUUGCCGCUGAUGGUUUAAACCUGAAAUGGAAUUCCUGCGUCAUCUCUGAAGGACAGAAUGACCAUAAAAAGAUUCUACUUCCAACAAUCAUGACUUGUAUGAGCCCUCAUUCAUAGCAGCUGAUUAUCUUUGAUUAUUUCGAUUGUAAGAUUUGAUUUGUGCCUUCUCUAGUAUUGUACUUUAAUUUUUACCAUUUCUUUUUGCUGUAAAAAUUCAGUUUGAAAUUUAUUGAAAGAAGAUACCCUUGUAAAGUAAAUUUGUCUGUAAAUGUAAUUUACCUAAUGAUUAUAUUGUGUAUCAUACCAAA